GGAAAAUCAGGGCUCCUCGGUCUUCUGCUAACUCUGCAUCUCUUGCUCCUUGUUGCAUCAUGGUGGUACAUCCAUUCGGGAGACAGCGACAUGCAAGAUUCAAACUUCUGACGAUUGGCAACCGACUCUUCGGGAGUAUUCCCUCUUUAAAAAGUUUUUUUCCCGGCUGGUAGGUUGUUUAUCAAGAAGAGUGCGUGGGACAUUUGUGUUCUGCUCAAAGUGUGGUUCAGAGGCCCUUUUCCAGCCCGUGAAUUUCUGCCAAGCGGUUGCGGCAACAACCAUCGUCAAAAGCAUCGAGACAUCCGCGUUCCGACACCGUGCGAAGGCGAGAUAUGUUUCGUCUGAAUCGGAACGAUUUCUCGCUGUUUCCUGUUUAAGACGCCCGCUUUCCGGAAGUGUCUUGGUCCUCAUCCCAUCCAUGAAGACGUCGACUCCCGUUCAUGUCUUGUUCCCCUCCGUUGUCGUUGCAGGCUUGCAGAUCGGACCCGGGUGUUUUCUUUGUCCUUCAGAGCACACCUACACUUUGUUUUUUCCCAAGCAGGCGGGAGCGAACCGUGAAAACAGUUAGAGUGCCUUAGUUUUUAUCGGCGAGUAUUGAGCGACAUAAAUGGAAGCGACAUGUGAUUCAGAAGGCGAGACCGAGAGUUCGUCUGCUUUUCUAACCCUAGCCGGACAAUCGGCCCGAUAUCGUUGAUCGCUUUCAGACUUUUCCUCCUCAUCUCCUCCUUUGCUGACCGCUCUCUCAUCCCUCUUCGCUCUUCGUAACCAUCUCUUAUGGCACUGCAUAACAUAUUGACGCUCUUUCCGCCUAUUUCGUUCACCGUGGAUACCACGUGGCAUUAGAACGGAACGACUAGUUCUUUCUCUGUAGGUUUGCGACGUCCCGUAUAGUUGUAGUAGAAGGCGUGUUAGUGACUUGAACUCUUUGCGUUGUUGCCCUGCCUCUAAUUCUUCCUCCCACCUGCCUCUGGUUGUGCGAGUGCACCUGGACUUCUUCUACUCUAUAUCUUCUCGCUGAUCCUCCUCCGGCAGACUCUUGUCAAUUUUUCCUUCCUUUUCUCGGCCUCGAUGUUCCACUCCGGCCCUGGACUCCAGUCAGGGCGCGCUGUCAAGCGCUUUGGGGAUUUGUGGCGCGGGAGGUAUCGCCCCACUCUUCUCCCAGGACGAGGCCGGUUGAUGGAGAGAGACAUGCACGCUCUCCUUCUGGCGUUUGUCUCAGCGAUUAUGCGAGAAAGAGAUGCUCGCAGAGAGCUGGAGAGAGAACGAACAGGCAUGAUGAGGGGGGCGCUGCCACGUUCUCAAGAAGUGGAGAGAGGGAUAGAGCGUGGCAACUGUCCGUCUCCCGCCCGCGAGGAGAGGCGAAGGGAAACGCAGAGAGAGUCCAAGGGAUCCAGAAGCGCUUUCAGCUCUUCGUUUUCGUCUACAAGCGCUUUGCAUUCGGAGGUACAUUUCGGAGACAUAGAUCAGAUGCACAACGGGACAACUCAAAGUGAAGCAUCGCACAAGUUCAUGAAGGAGGGUGCCUUCGAGGUGUUCUCGUUUCUCUUUUACAGGAAACGCUUUUCGUGCAUCCACCAAGCCGCUGCUCUAGAGAGCCAGGAGGAAGUCUGGCAACUCAUACUUGUCGUCUGGCAAGAACUCCUCUCGUUGCCACCUUCUGUCUCAGCUUUCUCGGAUUCCACUUCUCGGCAUCGGUGCCCUUCAUCCGGCUCUCGCCUCAACGACAAAGACAGCGACGGCUUCGCAGCGUCACCGUUUCCUUCAACCCAUCCCUGCUCUUCUUCUGAUCACGACUCGCGUGACAGAGGAACGCUCAGAGAGGAUAUGGUUUUCCCGUACCGGGUUGGGUGUCUCUUUCUUCUCCUCUGGCUUCUCUACACGGCUCCCUUCUCCUCGCGCAUCCCUGUCCCAGAUCGCGCCUUCGUCGCGCCGCCGUCCGCACCGUCUUCAUCGCCUGACUCCGCUGCAGGCAACCGUCAUUCCACCCCAUCUGAGGCGGCGACGGGAACACUCGAGAACCGACAAACGCCCGAGGCCAAUGUCUCACAAGCAGGCUGCGUUCGGCGGGCCGACAGCGAGAGAGAUGCGGGAACGAGUCGCUCCAGGCGUCGCUCUGGGUGUGAAUCAGAAGAAGAUACCCGAGGACCUGAUAGUCACGCUGAACGAGCGACACACAAGCGGAAAGACAAAAUCGUCCUGCCCGCAGUUGCCACGUUGUCAGCAGAGAAUGUGGAAUUGCUGGUAGACGUCGCGCAAGCCUGCUUGAAGAGAGGCGAGCUUCUUGACGGCGCCCGAACGCUGAAGGUUCUGUGGAGCACCGGCAAGAUUCGCGUCUCCGUGUUUCCAGAGCCCGAGGAGGCAUGCGAUAAGCGCGGCCUCCCAUUGGGUGUCAACAAGGCGCUCUUAUUUGCGUCCCUGCAACGUCAGCCGGUGUCCGUAGAGCGGCCACACGCGGCGAAUCUUAAAGCCGAUAUCGAGGCGGCUGUUCUGCCGUACCUUCGAGUACUUGAGGAGUUGCCUUCCACUCCCCUUCUCCCUCGAGACCAGCACUCCUCUUUGCCGAUGCCCCCUCAUUCCUCCUGUGUUCCCCACCGAGCAAGAGGGAGGGGAGGUGGAGAGGACAGACGAGUAGAGCAAGUGGCCGGCGUCCUCCAAGGACGAUAUUACCCGACUGUUGCUGCGCUGCAGCGGCUAGGUGAGGAGGAACCGCUGCCCUGGGUUGACGAUAAGCUGGUCGUGACUCCGUCUACGACGUCGCCACCCGGUGCCAAUCGCGGGCUUUAAGGCAACAAAAGGGAACAACCCGUGCGCAUCAUUCUGUAUCACACCGACUCGAAGCACAACAUUGCAACGCAGUGUCAAACAGUGUCACGUUCCAGCAUUGUUCGUCACCUACGAUGCGAAUGCUCCACCAGGAGCAUUUUCAUGACGCUUACUCGGUUGGCUUCAGCCUUCAAACCGUAGGGCGAACACACUCCCAUACACUGCUUGUUCACUAGAUAGGAACGUGUUUGCUCGAGACCACUGCUAUAUUUUCACAACGCUCGUCGACGACUCCUCUCCGUCAGUAUCUUACCCCCUCCCCCCCGCGUAGGAACAGUAGCUGCAAUUUGACAUUUUGCGCUGUCGUCAUCCCUUUCUCGUGUCUGGAGAGCGGCAGUUAGAAUACCAGUUGACUACCACAAGGCGACGGAUCGGCGAAUAACUCCUCAUCGUCUUGUGCGGUGCUAGUUGUGAGUGGAAGUGCCGGUUACAAUGCGCGUAUUCGAAGCUUACUUGAUUUGCAUUUGGCUUUUUCAGCACUCUGUCGUGCUACUGCUGAAGCCGGGCACACCGUAAGGUUCUUCUCGAAUGUCAUAGCGGUUUACAGUGUCGUUUGUCAGAACGUCUUCGUGUUUCGCUUUGCCAUGAACACGUGCCGACUCCACUCUGGCUAAGAAAAGGACCUGGCAAUGCCAUAUGGAGAACCCGCAUCGGCAUGCACAAUUGGACACGCGCUGAAGGGCUGAGCGUAAAGCGACAACGACUCCCAGUAGCUUUUGAUCGGGGAGGUUUGAUGGACUGGUGCCGUAUGGACUGCGCCACCCCUGAGGAUGGGCAAGCCAAUAGGGUGGCGGCAGCUCACCGGCAUCAAUGAAGCUACGUAUUGCGGAGUUGAGUAGGGACACGGGGAGGGUACCCUAUCUCUGUGCCCUUCAGAAAGGAGAUACGACAUGGACAGACGUUGUAGCGUUAACCACCUGUUGCUACGUACUGCUAAACGAAGCAGCAACUCUGUUGGUAGAGGUAGAGCACCUGAUUGGUUGAUGUCCGUCGCCGCGAAACCCACAGAUACCUAAAGCUGCAAGCUAUAGGUGGAAGCACGAGUGGCAACACCAAUCGGUUCAGACGGCAACAGUACGAAUCGUGGUAGAGUAGGCUCACUGGAAAAAACCACCGGGAGGCGGGCAAGCGCCAAGACACCCUUCUGCCACAAUACAGAUUUCGCCUGUUCGGUUCGCCUGUACGGUCUCUCUUCAGCAGAUCACGUGGACAAUGUCAUCGUCGUACAGCGCGGCGAAAAUCUUCUUUUGGUGGGCUGGCGACGAGCAAAUCGUCCGGUGGUCUGCAUUGCUCACGUCGACAAG